UACGUGGGAGUCCAGCAACAUAACUAUUUCGCCAUCUGCUGGUCUCCACACCAAGAAUCUUAAUCUCUCCCUAGCAGUCAGAUUAAGCUUCACAACCACCCCACUGUUCACUGAAUUUGCUCUCCCUGAUUUUCCAUGGCAGGGGGGAUAAUAAGGAGUGGGGAUGUUGAGGGCCCAGUCCUUAGAGCCAAACGAACCAAAUUCUCAGGUCUGAAGACUGUUACUUGAUGACACGAGUGUCUUAAUCUCUCUGGGCCUCAGCGAUGCCAUCUGUACAAUGGAUGGCAGUGAUAUCUUCCUGGCAGAAUGAGUGACAGGUAUGAACUUGUAAAGAAUGGUUCCUUCCAGAGGAGGGGUAGCAGCCAGUAGGACAGAGAGAGGGAGGAAGAAGGUGUGUGGAUAUUGUCACAAGGUUCCUGUGGGAGCUGAAGCUGAAGGCUGUAGGACACUCACUCCACAGAACCAGGCGUAAACGCGAUGUGCCUGGACAGCUUUGGGGGUCAAGUGGUAUCAGAGCCGAAUGAUGGACGACCUGCAGUCCCAGAACCUCUCUAUGGACAUGACCGACUCUCCUCCUGCUUUGGCCAAUAACAGACUGGAGAAUGGCAUGGCCCAGCUGAUCACCACCGAGGCCUGGAACAUCAACUCCACGGACCUGGUAAAGAAGGCCCUGGUGACUGUGCCGGCCCCUUCCAUUCUGAACCCCCCUGCCGAGUCCCAGAGCGGCAUGGCUCUGAAGGUGGCAGCCACUGUGCUGCAGCCCCUGUGCCUCGGGGAGAGCCCAGUGGUGAUGCCCAUUCACAUGCAGGUGGAGGGGAGCUCUGCACCCGAGCUCAACCCUAAUGGCAAUGCCACCUACGUCAUGACCGCACAGGGCCCUGUGCAGCUGCCCGUGGUACUGGAGCAGCACGUCUUUCAGCACCUCAACUCCCCUCUGGUCCUGCCACAGGAGGCUCCGUGCUCCUCCAGUGCCAUCCACAACAACCUCUUCCAGGAAGCAGAGGCCCCUGAGGCCCAACCCCAGCUCCUGGACCUGAGGAUCCCCAGUCAGCCACAGGAGCCCACAUUGCCAUUUGAAGCUGUGCUCCAGAAUCUGUUUCCCUCCCAGGGUGCUCUUGGCCCCCCACCCUGUCAGCCUCCUCCUGGCUAUGCCCCUGUGCCCCCUCAGCCCUUUAACUCUCCCUUGUCCCCAUUGGUUCCACCAGCCACCCUCUUAGUACCCUACCCUGUGAUCGUCCCGUUGCCUGUGCCAGUCCCCAUUCCCAUCCCCAUCCCAGUGCCUCAGAGCUCCGAAUCCAAGUUCAGCCCCAGUUUCCCCAAGCCACCACCUUCCUUCAGCCUGCACUCCUUUAAAGGCACCCAGACCCCUCUGGAAAAGGAUGAACUGAAACCCUUUGACCUCCUCCAGCCGAAGGACUACUUCCAGCUCAGCCGCCACACAGUCAUCAAGAUGGGGAGUGAGAAUGAAGCCCUGGAUCUCUCCAUGAAGUCAGUGCCCUGGAUCAAAGCUGGUGAAGUCAGCCCCCCAAUUUUCCAGGAAGAUGCAGCCUUGGACCUGUCACUGGCAGCCCACCGGAAAUCGGAGCUUCCCCCAGAGACACUGUUUGACAGCAGUGGGUCAGCAGACAGCCCAGGUCAUGCCGUGAUGGAGAAACUUUCUGGUGGCAUGGAAAUGCCCUUUGCCCCUGCCACACCCCAGGAGGCCUCAUCCAUGAUGGAUAGCCACACCAGCAGCAGUAAUGCCUCUGAGAUGCUCAGCCAGCCCAGCCACCCCGGCAGUGAGGUCAAGGCUGAAAAGAACAUUGAGAUUGUGAGCGAGUCCCAGGCAGCCAAGGUCAUCGUCUCCGUUGAAGACGCUGUGCCUACCAUCUUCUGUGGCAAGAUCAAAGGCCUCUCGGGAGUAUCCACCAAAAACUUCUCCUUCAAAAGAGAAGACUCAGUGCUUCAGGGCUACGACAUCAACAGCCAAGGAGAAGAAUCCAUGGGAAACCCAGAGCCCCUUAGGAAACCCGUCAAAAACCGGAGCAUAAAGUUAAAGAAAGUGAACUCCCAAGAAAUACACAUGCUCCCCAUCAAAAAACAACGGCUGGCCACCUUUUUUCCAAGGAAGUAAAUCAUGGCUUUUUAAAAUUUUUAUGAUUAUAAUAUGGGAAAAGGUGCAUUGGUUUUAUAAAAAGGCAUUUAAAACAAAUUAUCUUUGUUAAUUAUUUGGGGAGUAGUUGGGAAGUGGAAAGAGGAAUUGGCUCUAGAGCCCUGUAAGCUAGUAUCAUUUUCUUUUUUAAUUUUUGACUUUUCACAAAUGAAUAAAUAAGAGCAACCUAUUUUUCAAGCAGAUUGCACAUUUUUUGCAGCUUUAAUGGAAUAUUGGGUGAAUCAGAGGGGUAAAAAAGCUAUUUUCAUUGCCACAAAGUGCUUUGAUGAUGUAAUACCUAAUAAAGGGUAGGAUGAAUAUUUCACAAUAAAUGUUUGUUUGCACUAAUUGGUUGCAGUA